AUGGCGUCGAUCGCGCGCGCGUGGACGGAGGUCCUGAUGACGUGCGCGCGCGGGCGAACGGUCGGCGCGCUCGGGGUGGCGCUGGCGAUCGGUCUCGGGGCGUCCACGGCGAUGCGAGCGCCGGUGGUGGAGACGGACCCGUUGGCGCUGUGGUGCGACGCCGCGGCGCGGGAGGAGGUGGAGGCGUGGACGACGUCCUUCGGGAAUUACAGAACGAGCGCGUUCGUGGUGACGGGGGUGAACUUGGCGUCUCGGGAGGCGUUCGGGGAGAUGUUGGACUUCACGCGGUGGAUGUAUCGGGACGUGACGACGACGACGGCGGACGGCGAACGCGUCGGAUUGUUCGAACUGUGUUACAAGUACGUCGAUUCCGAGCCACACGCGCCGUGUUUUCAGAUAACACCCUUGGACUGUUUCGCUGACGGCGUGGUGAGCGUCCCAGGGGGUGCCGAGAAGAACGCGGAUUUCGCCGCGGCGUACGCGCCGAGACCUUUGUUGGAUUCGUUUGAUUUCGCUCGCGGCGACUUCAAUGCAUCCUUCGUGGAGGGUUGCAAGCAGUGGUUUAAUCUCGUCAUGCCGCCAAAGCUCUUGUUUUCAGGUCUUAGCGACGACGGCGGCGCGCUCGAGGCUGUGAGAAUGGUUUUCCAGAUCCGAGACGCGAAGACGUUGGCAAAGAGAGGCAUCGUGAGGACUUCGUGGGAUGAAGAACCGCGUGAGAUCGGAGAUGUUCUAGGAUGUCCCGCCAGAGGGAAGGCUUUAGAUGACUGUUCGUGCAUCGAGACGUUCAACUUGUUCUCCGUGCUCGAGUACGGGUGCGUUCCCGAGGGCGACGCCUCGCAGCCGGAAUCAUGCUGCGCGUUCCUCUCGCAGCUUCGCGAGCAUCCGUGCGUGCAACCCCUCUUCGCCAGUGACGCGUCCCUGUUCACCCUGGGAAAUCAGAUUUUAUCAUCUUGUGAACUCUCACGCGUGGCGUUGGACUCACAGUGCGCCACACUUCCUGACGGUGAGACCGUAGCGGCGGCGUUCGAGGUGAAAGAUUUGAGCUCGGCGACGCCGGUUCGAAACGCAUUCACGUGCGCGAGCAUGCUAAUGUCGCUUCGCACCAAGUGUCCAUCAAUCGCCGAGGGGAACUUCACAGCCGCCGGUGAGUGCUGCGCCAGUCUCGAAGACUUUUCGAAAUCAAAGUGUCACUGCAACGCGCUCGGUUGUGGCGCUCCUUGCGUGGACCUCUUCUCUCGCGGAGACGUCGGUCAAAUCGUGCUCUUCUGUACUCUGAGCGGGUUCGACACGCCAGUGCUCGAGGCGUGUAAGUCAAACGCUACGGACGAGUCGUCCUCGAGAUCGAAAUCGUCGACGUCUACGACGCGAAAAUCGUCCACGCCGUCGGCGUAUUCACCGGUACACGUACGUCGAGACAUCUCGGUUGAGGACGCGGAGGCGCUCAUUCUCGAUUGGGAAUCCGCUUUGCUCUCACAAAUUGAAGAGAAGCUCUCAGAGUACGAGCACAUUUCGAUCUCGUAUAUGGCAGAGAGAAGCAUGGAAGAUAUUGUCGCCGACUCUUCGCGCGGGGCGUACGUUUUGAUCAUCGUCGGUUACGUGGUCGUCGCUGCCUACCUCACUCUGUACUUCACGAUUUCGCCCAAUGAAGCGUGCGGACCUCGUGCGGCGCUUGAGGGGUUCUUCGCCGUCAUCGCGGGAACGUGGGCAUCCAUCGGUCUCAGUGGAAUUUUAUCUCACAUCACCGGCGUAUCAUUCAGCGCAGCUACACUUCAGGUGUUACCGUUUCUAUCGAUGGGUCUCGGCGUGAAUGAUUUCUUUGUCUUUGCUUCGCACGCAGCCAGGACCGCUGUGAGCGAGAUCGGUCCAGAUGAGAUCAUCAAGCGGGCGCUGCUGGAUGCCGGAGCGACAAUCACACUAACGAGCGCGAUGAACGCCGCCGCGUUCCUUGCGAGCACGCUGAGCCCGGUACCGGUGAUCAAGAACUUUGGAUUACAAGUCGCCAUCGCUGUGGCGUGCAAUUACGUCGCCGCCGUGUUGAUCUUUCCCGGAAUUUUGCUCAGGCAUCUCCAACGCUCGUCGAAAGCGACAGAGGCGCCACCACCGCCGCCUCGUCGGCAGAACUCAUUCUCAAAGAUUUCAUCCGCCGUUUACGAGCCCCUUGCGCGCUGGAUAAUGGGUCUGGGGCGAACGACAUCGAUUGUUCUUCGACUUGUCGUCCUGGGCGUCUACGCCACGUUUGCCAUCUUCUUCCUCCUUGGUAUUCCGCACGUUCGCUUGGGACUCGAGCCUCGAAGCGUCGUACCUCAAGAUUCGUACAUGUGGAGCUUCAUCGAUGAAUCCGAAAGCCGGUUCGCGACUUAUCCAGUGUUUGUCGUCGUCUCAAACGUCGAUUUUGCCGAGCACGCGGUGGCAAUGCGACGGUUGGAAGCAGAUUUCAUCAACCUCGAUCGCGUCGACGCGAAGACUGGAUCGACGAAUUUCAUGAAAUUUUACUCAGAAUACACAGAAUCAAGAGUCACAGGAGGAACGUCGUGCUCUGCGAACGAUACUGUGUGGUACUUCGACGCGACGAGGGUGGAGAAUCCGUCCGCCGACGUUUGCGCCACGGUGAGCAGGGACGAAAAUCAUACCUUUACGUGCAUGUUCCGCUGCCUCGCUUACUCUCCGCAAACACGUCCAGCAUCGCCGCUGAACAAGGAACCUCUUGACAAGCAGUGUUUAUUUCUCCGUCCGGAAGACACCGCAAGCUAUGCCACGUGUACUUGUCCACAUCGUUUGAUGUACAGCCCAGAGGCGUUUGGUCGUGAGUUUGAUGCUUUUCUCCAAGGUGGCACCCGCGGAGAAAUCUCUGCGGCGUUCACGACGCGGCGAAAAGACGCAAACGUUACUGUUGUUGAGAGCGCGAGAAUGUUGUUCUACGUCGAGGACGUGUUUGACUUCGAGACAAAGCUUGAGUACGUUAGAGCGGCUCGCAAUGCGCUCGCUCGAUCGGAAAUCGUCGCUGAACGUGGCGCUCGAGCGUUCCCUUUCGAGAUCUCCCUCUUCCAGCUCAACCAUCAAUACCUGAACAUGGUCCGCGACACAUGGAUAGCCCUCUUCGUGGGUGCGACGGCAGCCACGGUGAUCAUGUUCAUCGCCUUGGACGUCAGAACGACGCUCGUGAGCGCGUGCGCCCUGUUCUUGAUCCAGGCGCAGCUCUUCGGCGCGAUGGCGAGAUUCGACGUCAAGCUCAACGGAGCGUCGAUGAUGAAUCUCAUAUCGUCCACCGGAGUCUCGGUUGAAUUCGUCGUUCACAUGGCUCGCGCUUUCCACACCUCACAGUGGCGUGAGAGCGCGAACCUUCGCUCCGUCGACGCCUUCAAAUCCGUCGGCCACGUGCUCGUCAACGCAGCCUUCACCACCGUACUCGGCGUCGCUCCCGUCGCCUUCGCACGAUACGACUACUUCCGCACUUACUUCUUCCUUCAGUGGUGCGUCAUUGUCGCCGUGGGUGUUCUCCACGGUGUCGUCGUCUUACCCAUCGUCUUGUCCUUCGCAGGCGCCGAAGCCGUCCGAUAG